AUGAUGGGAGGUCUGGGGAAGCUGGCAGCCGAAGGCCUGGCCCACCGCACCGAGAAGGCCACCGAGGGAGCUGUUCACGCCGUGGAGGAGGUGGUGAAGGAGGUGGUGGACCACGCCAAGGAGGCUGGAGAGAAAGCCAUUGCAGAAGCCUUAAAGAAAGCCCAAGAAUCAGGAGACCGAGUGGUGAAGGAAGUCACUGAGAAGGUGACCAACACAGUCACCGAGGCUGUCACCCAUGCUGCAGAAGGCCUGGGCAAACUGGGACAGUGAGCCGACCACUGCGGCUGACCCUGGCUGACCCUCCUGACUGUCAAUAAAAA